AGCAUCUCUUCCGAAAGCAUUUCUGUUUGUCGGGAAGUACAAUAAAAUAGAUAAUACUAAAAGGCAUUCAGAAAGGCUGGAUACUGUUUACUUCGCUGUACUUUAUUUCUGUUGCACCUAAGCACACUUAUCAAUAACAUCAUACAGUGUUGCAUUUCGAUACGACUUCAUCUAAUUCUAUUAAUUUCAUCUCAAAGAUGUCCGCGACGGCCAUCAAAACCGUGGUGCGGUGCACUCGCCGCAUCCGCGACCCACUUAAUUAUCUUGUGAUGCAGCCAACAGACGCUGAUCAAGUCACGACGUCCAUCCGCACCGUUGACGCGGCUAUGGUGACGUGGUACGUCCCUCUGCACAACCUGCAAUACACACUGCACAAACGGUACGAGGCGGAGCAGUUUGGAGAGAUGAUUCUGCCGAAGGGCGUCGCCCCGCCAGCCGCGAAGCCGCUCAUCCCGACGGAGGACGUCGUGAAGACCGCGGCCGGGCGGCGUGGCCCUUCCAUUGUCCCGAACUUCAUGCGCAUGACCGCCUCGCGUCCCAGCGGCGCAGAGGAGACAGCCACCGACACGGCGACGGUCACGACUUCAUCCUCCCCACCUACCCUUUCAACGGGGGGAAAUCAGCUGAACAACUACCUCAAUGAAGACGGCGACACCGUUGUGCCGCUUGGCCUCGUGACGAUGAUUGUGGGCAACAACAUCCCCGCAAAGCAAUCGUGGCUCGAAAAGAUGGUCGAUCCUGCGCCGCACCCUACGCUGUCGAUGCGGGUGAUGGUGUUGGACCGCAUUCACUGGCAACGCACGAGCUGGCUGGCUGGCAGCAUCUGCAGCAGUCUGUGCUGGGGUCGCCUGCCACAGCGCAUCUUUUCGAUCAAUUUAGACUUCAAGAACCCAGUGAUCAUCUCUGGCGGGGAUGACACCACUGGAGUAAGCACAAGCUCUUCAGACCCCAGGAAGGCGACCACGACGGCGGGGAGCGGCCGGCAGCCACUCGUCUUCGACGCAGCAGCGCAGCGCUACACGUCUCCCUACCAAGUCGAUAUCCCCGGACUCGGUUUUAAGCUAAAGCUAGAGGACACCGGCAAGACGCUUUUCGAUGCCUCCUCACGUGUCGUGGACGGUUUCCUCGACAACGAGAGCGCGUUGCACCGCCUGGCCCUCUCUCGCGAAGUGAACAUGCUCGGUCUUGGUGGGUCAGUGUAUCGACAGGCGCUGUGGAGCAGCCCGUCGCUGCCUAACGCCGGCCGUGUGGUGGAGUGCGAGUUCGGCUCGCUCUUUGAGCGCUACUUCGGUUGCUCACCGGUUGGGAAUCCGGUGGCGACGUGGCUGGUCGACUCCGUGGACAAGACGCUGAUUUACCAGAUGGAAGGUGAGGUGGAGGAUGAGAACGAGCCCAACAGCGCCACGACCUACGGCGAUCGCUCGCUGACCGAGCGGGUGCAGAAGAAGGCGAUGAACCGAUACAACGGCUUCCGCGACGACAUCCGUCGCAAGACCUACAGCGAGCUCUCUGGAGGUGACGUCCCACGUUAG